AUGCUGCAGGACGCCGCAGAAGAACUCCCGGAUGAAGAGAAAACCCCGAUGUCGCAACAAGCACAAGAUGAAGAGAAGAAACCGGAUAAUUGCAAAGAAGACCUGCAGAGCAGUGGGAAAAGCCAGGGUCGUGCUGCCCGAGACGGAGAGCAGCCUGGAGGCCUGAACAAUGGCGGAGGUAGUUCGUCAUCUUCAUCAUCGAGUAAACGCAAAGUCCGCGUCGAACUCUAUGGUAGCAGCAUUAACGGCUUCAUGACAAGAGACAGCGACAUCGACGUUAGUAUACUACAUCCGGCUCUCUAUAGUGGAGCAGGCAUAGACCCGACAACUUUCCGCGACAAAUGCCUCAUCCUAGCAAAAACGUUGAAGCAGAUCCUUCCUGGUCAAGGGUUUGAACGCGUAAAUAUCAUUCAUGCUCGGAUUCCUUUGGUUAAGAUUCGAGCUCCGGUUGACACUUUCCUACUAGAGGCUGAGGAAGCGGAAUUGGCGAGGACAGGUUUACUAAGGGUAGGUUAAAGGUGCUUCUGUUAGCGUUUGUUAUGGCUCUCUGCUUUAGGUGGGGACAGCCAUAACAAGCGGGAUAAACGAAUACCAAAAGCCUACCUCUAAGCUUACUUCAAGAGUUGCAGCUACCGAAUAGGGAAGUAGAAAGCUCAAGUUCUGGUGAAGACACUACAUCAUCGACUGAACGAGAACAUCAAAUGAUCGGAGGACAAGACACAAACGCAUUUUUACCUAGUAGAAGUCCUACAACUAGUAAAAACAACAAGGCAGAUCAUGACGUAGAUCAUGUUGGCGUACUCGGUCCCUCUUCUAGUACUAGUAGUGGUCGGCAUGAUCAUGUUUCAGGUUCAGCACGACCUUUACAGCAAGAUGACGGAGAUGUUGAUCAAGAGGACAAGCCUUCAAGAAGUAGGUUACGCAAGACAGUUUCUUCGCCGCCACAGGCGCAGCAUGCACCGACGAGGGAUGGAACUGAUGUAUGGCAGCGGUUUGAUAAGUAUUCAUAACUACAACUCACUUCAUACAGUUGAGGUUUCAUCUCAUGUGGAAUUUUUUUGACCACUAUGAUCUCAGGUUAAAUCGCAUUUUCAUUCAUAUCGUGAUGACCAUGUUGUUGAAGUAGCUGGAUAUGGAUCCAUCAAAUAUCUAGAUCUAGAUAAUAGAGUAGUUUAUCGAACGGAUGUAGGAUGGGCGACUUGGUUGGAUCGGAUGGAUCGGAUGGACCCCCCUGAUUCUUCCGAUCCUACUUGAAAUGGUGGAAAGUCCAUCCGAUCCAUCCGAUCCAUCCCAUCCCGGAUCUGGCACCCCUAUGGACUGCUCUCAGAUAAGACGAAAUCUAAGUACAUCACAUUGAUGAAAAAUCACGAUGAACAAGAUCCUACCCAGCCACUUUCAUGCCAAAACGGCCAACAGGGUACAACUCGGAUGGUAUCGAUCGAUAUUUCGUUCAAUAAUGUUCUGGGCUACGAGAAUUCUCGCUUGUUACGCACUUACUCUCGUUCCCCAGUCUGCCGUGAUCUAGGCUUACUAGUCAAAGCCUGGGCGAAGCGAAGGGAUCUGAUUGACGCCCAAAACGGAUUGCUCUCCAGCUACGCGUACAUGCUUCUGGUGAUCUUCUUUCUUUAUGGUCCUGGAGGUGGCAGCUUUUUAUUUGAAGUAGUGGCCGUGAGAACCCCAACCCAGUAAUUUGAUCUAGUAUUUCCUUGUCUAGAUGAUCAUGCUUCUUAUCGCGGCUGAUGUGGUCAUCCUAGACCUAGUACAACACACACAUAUCUCGCUAAUAGAUGAAAGCUCUUGUGAAGAUUGAUGUUAUCUACAUCUUCUUGUUCCAAGCUCCACCUCGUCGUGGUCUCUGUCUUCAUCUAACUUGCCCAAUACAAGAAGAAGCUUCUGCCUUUGCUGCAAGACGGCGAGGGAAGACGCAGGAACUUGCUAUUUGGUGUCCAUGACGUCAGUUUCCGCAAGAGCUGGAGGCCUGAGCCUGAAGGCGACGGUGGAAUGGAAGAGCUCCGCAACGACGGACGCAUGAGGUCGAAGAAGCAAAAAAAGAGGCAGAGAUUAGAAAAGAGAAUUCGAGAUUAAGGCUGGAACUAAUUCGUCUUUCUUCUAUGAUUAAAAUAUAUAAAUUACUUCGUCUUCUGCUACUAAAUGUAAAUCUAAAGUAUUGGCGUCGUCCUCCUCGUCACAGUCACAGCUCUAACACCUCCAAGAACGAGCCGAGAGAGAAGCCAAAGCGCUCAAAAAUUUGACUGGAGAAGUCGAAAAGGACCAACUCUACAAGCUGUUGACGGAGUUUUUUCACUUCUACACAUCGGAAUUCAACUUCAACCGAGACGUGGUCAGUAUUCGGCAUGGAGUGCCACUGCCAAAGCUCCGCUAUCUCCAUCAUUUUCGAGCAGAAGCAGAUCGAGAAAUGCUUGGUGGAGGGAGAGGGGUACUUCUAAGUUGUACUUGAUGUAGUAGUUGACCUUUUUGACAUCAAAAAUUAGAAUCUGUGACUCCUGUGUGAAGAUGUUCAACUUGUACAACUACUAAUAUGAAUAGGUAUUAAGUUGUAGUUCUUUAUCCCCUGGGAGAUCAUCAUCUUCAUCAUCAUCUUCUUCAUCUAGUUCUUUUUCCCCUGGGAGAUCAUCAUCUUCAUCAUCAUCAUCAUCAUCAUCUUCAUCUAGUUCUUUAUCCACUGGGAGAUCAUCAUCUUCAUCUUCAUCGAAGAACAAUUCCACGACCACGACAUCAGCAAUCGCAGUGGUCGUGUCCGCUCAUUCAGAAUGUCGAUGGCAUCCGCUUCGCUUCACGUCACUCAUGCUUGCUGAUCGAGGAUCCGUUCGAGAAGGGACAGAUAAAGUGUCCGACUUAUUUGGGUACUUCUACAACUGCUAGUUGUAACCUUCUUGGACUUGUUCUUGUUGUAGAAGUACUACUGUAGUUCAUCUCAUUUCUACGACAAAAAGGAAGGAGCUGAAGUACAAAUAAUUCGAAUAAAAAGAAAUACAGGAAAAAAUCCAGAUCAUUCUAUCCCCUUCUUCUGCCUGUACUUCUUUAGGUCAAGAGCGACUCUGCUACGAGUUUCAGAGGGCCUACAUGCUACUUUCGGAAACCGUGAGUGACGUAGCGAGACCACCGACCUUCUCGUUCUCUCCUUCGGAGCAUCCUCAAGGCGAACAAAAUGUAGAUUUACAACAACAAGACGACCUUUCUCCUAGCUCUGUUGCCGCUAUCAAGGAAGCAAAAGUGAUUCGAGACGCGCUUACAACUGCACUUACGGAGAAAAUAGUAAGCUCAACAACUACAUCAGUAGGUGGAACUGGAACGCCAGAUAUCUUGUGGAGAACGCCUUCGGAGGAACUGAACAAUCCACUUCUGAGGCUUUUCUGUGCUGAGAACUAUUCUGAGUGCGGGCAUAGCAUGUUAAACACCAGUGCUCAGAUGACUACGGGUAUGGCCAAUAACAUGGCUACAACUGCAGGUGCUAGAGCGGGUCUUGGACCUGCGGUUGGCACAACUCCUAUACCUACUCCUAUACCUAUUCCAGCAGGUGUGUUUACGACUCCUGUUCCGUCCUCUACAAAUAAAAAUGUAGUUGGAGCACUUGAGCGAGGUGGUCGCGACAACGUCACGUCACCUCCAGGUGCUGGAGGUAAUAGUACUAGUGCAACAAAAACUACUCUAUUUGGAGGCAAAGGCAAUGCAGCUGUUAAUGCCAAGAAUCCUGUGGUGACGACGCAAGCUCAACAUCAACAGCCUGAUUUUCAUAAUCCUGCUACAUCUAGUACCGCUACCUCUUCCUCCUCGUCCAGCUCGGUGCGUGGAAGUAGCGACAAAUAUAGUUGUAGAACGCCAGCAGCUCCACGGACAACCAGCACAUCAACAUCAGCAAAUAACAGAAUCGUUACUCCAACAGACUACACAGCCUUAUCUGGAUCAGGAGGUCGUAUGGAGAUAAAAGUUGACCCGAUUUCUAGUUACAGCUACAGGAGCCCUCCAUCGACAACAUCCGCUGUAGCAGGAAUUCAAAUUCCGGACUACAUCGUCAGCUCAGGGGAGAGGGAACUACGGAAUAGCAAGAAUGUCAAUACUAGAGGAGGACAGCUCGUACACCAAUCUUCAUCUUCGUCGUCUUCUAGAAGUACAACUACUUGUUAUUCCUCGUUUAGCAAGAAGUAUCCACGACAUCAAGAACAGGAGCACCAAAGAACUCCUGCUGGUGUCGUUCUGGGCUCAAAAUCCAAUACAACAGCGAGGAACUUCCCGCACCACGUCGCUGCUCCAAGCAUGGGUCCAUCAUCCUCCCCAGCGACAUCAACAUCAUCCUCGUCUUCCUACAAACUAAAUCAACAACUACCUAGUAGUCCUCCUACUAGUUCUUGUACCUCUAGUACUAGUACUACUCAACAACAUCAGCCAAUAUUAAGGGUCGUUGAAACUACAUUUCAUUUCUAGAACAUAAGUCAUUUUUCACUGUUUCGACCUUGAGAAAGUGAGAAAAUGAUAUGAAGGCAGGCGCAGGAAAUGAACAAUUGUCUCAACCUCUAACACUAGCAAUGGUAGGAGCAUCUGCUCAUCAUGUUGGUCAACAUCUUCAUUCUCAUCAAGAAGUACAACCGAUUACAGUGUUGCAACGACCUAAGAUUCUCACGCGACAAAGAUCCGGAGGACAAGGUGCUAGUCCAAACAAGUUGGUUUUGUUAAGGGUUUCCGAAUGGCAUUCCUCACUACCAUCCCUGACUCUUUUCCUAGUAGAAAAGAGGCCAGGAGGAAUAAUCCUGUGCUGAUGCUGAAGAGUGAUGUAUGGAAUUUUUCCGUAACCUGCUCUAAUUCUGCCUGAUAUGAAGGUCGUCGGUACCACUGUCGCAGCAAAAAAACCAACAACUACAACCUCUUCAAGCUCCAAUCGUACUUCUCCUGAGAAAGAGGCGAAGGCGUCUUGUUGUACUAAAACAGCAGCAGAGAUGACAAAGUCGGACGCGGCUAUCAAGACUGACGAUCUUCAUCUUGGUGGUCAUGAUGUACUAGCUGCGGCUCCUGCAGACGAGGCAGAAACAAGUAUAGUUGAAGUAGAUCAAGAUCAAGAUGAAGAUGAUAAAGAUACAACAAACUACAGCACACUUGUCAAGGACGAAAAGGAGGAGGAAAGACCCGAUGUUACAAGUCCACCAAAUGCAAAUGGUGCUUCUGGAUCCUCCCUUUUGGACCAAUUGCUUCAGGAAAUGGAUACUUCUGAACAGGUAGAGGUGGUCACAACUGGAAGAUCUAACAUUAAGGGUAGGUUAAAGGUGCUUUUCUUACCGCUUUUUAUGCCUCUCUCCCUUAGGAGGAGAAAGGCAUAAAAAGCGGGGUAAGCAAGCACCAAAAACCUACCUCUAAUAACACUUCUAGUACCAGUUCUAACUCUAACACUACCAGUUGUACAAGUAAGCCAUCACCAUCUUCAUCAAGUAGUAUUAGCCCAUUAAGACCUGCUGCGGACAAGUCGUAUUAGUCCUGCAUCUUCAUGAUCAAGUAGUAUUAGUCCAUGAUCAUACUACAGAAGGUGAACUUCAUCUUCUUGGAGGAUAGAUCAUCAAACAUUUAUUUACAGCACUGUAGUUCUCUCCGCUUCAAGAAAGCUUAUUUAGUGGUUUUUAUACAAUUUUUUGCUUAGACCACGCAAUUGAGAUUAUACUUCGAGUUGAAACGGGUUCAACAAGUUGUAGAAGAUGACAAAAGACAAGACGAUAAACAACGAGAUAGAAGUGAAGGCGAACAUCAUAAGGACCGGAUAGAUUCUUUCGGUGAAGGUUUCUUCCAAUAGAAUUUCACCUUUUUCGGCAGAGACUACCCAGCAUCGAAUUAGAUCAUGUUGUUUGGCAUCAACAUUGAAUACUUCUCACAUUUUUAGGUUUACGGCGUUACCUCAAGUAGUAGUGCAUACGGCGAUUAUGUCCACGAUGUUGUAGAAGUGCUAAAAUAGCGUUUUCUAGAAUCUAGAGUUUUUGCGAUAAAGUCAAUUUCACAGGAGCUGGCACACAAGCAACAAAGAAAGAGCUAAAUAUAGAACAUUCCAUAGCAUAUUUAUACUUCCGGUCAAAUAAUGCAAUCUUCACAAAGCGAACGUGUAUGCAUUCUCAGUGUACGAAAUUACAACGAUGCUAUCCGUAUCCACCGUGGUAGUGACAUGAGAUCAUUUUGGUAGUAGCAGCUGCAAGAAAUGAUGACUGGGUGUCUUCCAAGAACAAAAAAAGAGUUACGAGAUGAAAUUCCUGCUGUUGACCUACUGACUCAAGAGAAUACAGUCAACAAGCGAAGCGG